AUGGCAAGCGGCGGCGAUCGUGAUGCAUCCGACGCGGAGCUCCGCGCGGGGUUUGAAACCCUAGUGAUAACCCGUGACGCACCCGGACCCUUCCGCGGGGUCUAUGAGGUCCGCAUCAACCGCCCGGCGCAGCGCAACGCGCUGAGCCCAGUCGCGUUCGCGGAGAUCCCACGCGCCAUGUCUCUGCUGGACUGUGCCCCCUCGGCGCGCGCCGUGGUGCUGUCCGCUGCGGUUCCGCACUUCUGCGCGGGCAUCGAGCUCGGGGGCCCCGGGGACCCGCUGUCCGCCGCCUCCGCCUCCGCCGAUCCCGUGGCCGCCGCGGAGGGGCUCCGCCGCAUGGUCCUCGACAUGCAGGCGGCGCUCACGGCCAUUGAGCGGUGCCAAAAGCUCGUCGUCGCGGCGGUGCACGGCGCCUGCAUCGACGACGACGGCGACCUCGUGGCCGCCUGCGACAUCAGGUGCUGCUCCAGGGACGCCUCCUUCGUGCUCAAGGAGGUGGACAUGGCCAUCGUCGCCGACCUCGGCGCGCUGCAGCGCCUCCCGCGGAUCGUCGGCUACGGCAACGCUGCUGACCUCGCGCUCACCGGACGCAAGAUCACCGCCAUGAAGGCUAAGGAGAUGGGGUUGUUGGUUACCAGGGUAUUCGAUUCCAAGCAAGACUUAGAUGCGGGCGUCACAAGAGGGGGCGUCGGGACGCGGAGUGCUCGAAGAGGAGGCGGGAAGCCAGAGGGAGCAGUGUGCUUUGGAGAUGCAGGCAGAGUAUUUGAGCCGUGACGGAGCACAGAUGGGGAGGAGUCCAUUGGGGGACUGGGGGGCUUUGGAAGCUCCACG